UGUAUUAUGUGGAGAGUAACCUAUCAGCGUCUGAGCCCAUCUAAAUGCUUCCUCACGCGCAGACCGAUUGUGCGCAAGUUUACCACACCGAAACACAUAUAGCACUGGAUUUCUCUAAUCUGAGCAAAUAGGAAGUCUGGACAACUUUAACGACAAUAAUUACAAUGCAUUUUAACUUCAGAUGGGGCCUGAAAGUGAGUCUGUUUCUUGCUGUGUUGCUGGUUGUCCUCAAUUACCUUUGGAGCUCUUCAGACACCUUAGAAGGCAACAUACAACAAAGACAAAGCAGUCGAAUCCAAAAACUGCUCAGUGAGAAAAGUCAACGCAUCAUGGCUGAUUAUUCUGACAUUCCCUACAAGAUCAAAGAAAAUGUGGCAAGCCAGUUGCCUCAGAACGCAUGUGUGUGCCAGGCCGGAGAGGAAACCUUGCGUUUACCGUUCUCCGAUCUACUCUUCCCUCGUGUUUGGGCUCACAACCUCCAGCAGGCGUUCUUAGCAAUGCAAUCUGAUCCUGAGAGUGUAAAGCGACAGAGAGCAGAGGAGUACCACCAGUUUUUGAGAAGGUCCCACUCUCCAGCAGAUAUGCUCGUUAUAGCCGAGGCUGACAAUCCUCUUCAGUAUCCUACCCAGGGAGUGAAGGUGCAACCCCUCAAAACAAUCAUCAUCCCAGGUCUGGGUCUCAGGCUGGAAGGCAGAAACAGCUAUACGGUAAAUUUGACGGCGACAAUGGGGACCUUUGACGUUGCUGCCACAGUGGACAGGGUCUCUGUUAAAGGAAUGGGCGAAAAGCACAUUUCACUGUCGAGCCCGGCUCUCUCCGCUCUGAACAGGCAGCUCCAGUUUGUCACGUAUACCAACACCAUAUUUCAUCCGAUGACAUCAGACCUAGUUCAGUUUAAGACCAAAGGCCACCAGUCAUUUUUCACCAUCAAGGUUGGACACAGAGUUGUUCCGAAACUUUACAACUCUGGACAAAGUACAGGGGAAAACAUUACCUCUCUGGUUACCAUCGCUACCAAGACCUUUUUGCGCUACGACAAACUCAAAGAUCUCAUCGACAGCAUAAGGGAGUUUUAUCCCACCGUCCUCAUAAUUAUAGCGGAUGAUAACAAACACCCCCAACCAGUGACCGGCCCUCAUAUUGAGCAAUACCUUAUGCCAUUUGGAAAGGGCUGGUUUGCAGGAAGAAAUCUGGCAGUGUCUCAAGUGACUACCAAGUAUGUGCUCUGGGUGGACGACGACUUCAUCUUUACUGCAAACACCAAGCUGGAAAAGAUGGUGGACAUCCUGGAGAAAACCACACUGGAUCUGGUUGGUGGUGCAGUGAGAGAGGUUACUGGUUACACUGCCACAUACCGUCACACCAUUUCAGUGGAAGAAGGCGGAAAUGAAGGCGACUGUUUAAAUAUGAGGAUCGGACACCACCAUGCUAUCGAAGGAUUUCCCAACUGCGUCGUCGCAGACGCCGUCAUCAACUUCUUCAUGGCUCGAACGGACAAAGUUCGGCAGGUUGGCUUCGACCCGCGCCUGUCAAGAACAGGCCAUCUAGAGUUUUUUGUAGAUGCUCUGGGCACCAUGCACAUCGGCUCCUGUAGUGACGUCAUCGUUAGCCACGCGUCAAAGAUCAAGUUGCCAUGGACUAAAACCGAAACACAGAAGGCCUACGAGCAGUUUCGAUACUCUUCUGGAAGUACGGGUGUUAGCAGAAAUGAGAUCUUUUACUUUAAGAACAGAUUCAAGUGCAUGACCAGUCAAUAAAAAAUGCACUUCCAGUGGUCUCAUGAAAACAAAUAGGCGUUGCUCUUGGCUAAUAGAUGUUUUGUUUUUUGUUUGUUGCUCACAACUGUUUUUUUUUUUCUUUUUUUUUUAACCACCUGUUGUGAUGUUAACAAUCCAAACGAUUCUUGUUCUUUGAAGCACUACUCAUUUUUUGCAAUUUGUUUACUGUUUACUUGUUUUCUUUUGAAUUUGUAAGGGAGAAUUUUGAUGCUAAUUGCUCUUAGUGAGUAAUUGUAUUUUUGUGUGUGAAUGGACUAUUAUAAGUUGUCGUGAUGUAUUGAUCUUCUAGAGGAGGGAAUAUAUUUAAUUUGCACACAAAAAAAAGAAAAAAAAUGCUAACCUUGUUGUCUUUAUGCUAACGCAAGUUACAGAUUCCGUUAUCGUGUCUAGAGGUUGCAACAAUAAUGAACAGUUCUUAGUAGUUUUUAGUCUACUAUCUCAUUUAAUUGAUUACAGCGCUCAUUUUAUGUCACAGGAAACCAAAGGUCACUCCACGCGUAAGUCAGAAGUCAGAUAACACUCUGUUAUCAUGCUCUUUAAAUGUCUCACAAUCUCCAAAUGGGUAGAGAUUCCAGAAAAUGUCACAAAGUCCACAUUGGACUCUUAUUCCCACUUCACUGAGUUAUUUGUUUUCUUGCAUCAUAUAAAAAUGUCAGAUUUCCAAAUGUUUUUAUUGUGCUAGAUCAGUGAUUUCCCAACCCUGGUCUUCAAGGGACACCGCCUUACAUGUCUCCCUGCUUCAACCACACACGAUUAACAGGCUUUUGUUGAACUGAAUAAGGGAAACAUCUAAAAAAAAUAUAAGGCGGUGUGCCGCGAGGACACCGCCCUAUAUCAGAUUUCCAAAUGAAAACAUUUGGAAGCAAAAAAAAAAAAGAAUUUCAAUGUUUCACCACCAGAGGGAAACAAAAGAUCAGGUAAAAAUGACCUUGCAGUAUAUUUGGGCAAAUUAUUUGUAGGUAGUUGGUUAUCGGAUGGAGGAACAUUUAAUAAAUAUGAACACGUGUCUAUUACU